AACAUUUCAAUUCCUUGGCGCCAUAAACAGCUGCCGUUUCUGUUUAAAUCUCUGUAACAACCCCGGAAAAAAAGGGGGGGAUGAGUACUUGCAAUCGUCUAAUCAGUACAUAUUUAUCUAAUCUUCAUUGUAAACUUGACUUGAACCCUAAACCCUUCUCUCUUCCUCUUUCACUUCGCCCGCUCACUUCAGUUCCUUUAUGCAGUCCAAUUAGUUCUAGUAGAAUCCGAACGAGGCCUUUCUCGGCUUUACAAGAAGUAGCCCAUUUAGAAGAUGAAUCCCCGGAUGAUUUGGCAAAGGACACCGUGGCACACCUGCUGACUCACCAAGAUGAUAUUUCGAAGCUGAUGAAAAUGGAGAGGAAAUCGGGAAUGGAUUUCCAUAGCAAGCGGUGGUUUCCUUACUUCGAUAGGUUUAGGUGUGGGAAUGAAUCCCUGAGCAGCAGCGAAGUUAUAGAGGCCAUCGAACCUGCCUUGAUGGAGGAGAGGAAAGAAAGGUUGAAGAGGGUGGUGAGAAAUAGGAGCUAUUCAGUUUGCUUGGUUGUGGAAGGGUUGUCUGAUUUUGGCAAUGUUUCGGCCACGUUCAGGUUUGCUGAUGCCCUUGGCUUGCAGUCGGUUCAUGUUGUAUCGUGUGACAGCUCGAAAAGAUACAGAGAAAACAGACAUGUUAGCAUGGGUGCAGAGAAAUGGUUGGAUAUCGAACUUUGGAACUCUCCGAAGGAGUUUUUUGAAGUUUUAAAAUCAUGCAGUUACCGGAUCGCUACCACACACUUAAGAAUGGAUGCGGUUUCCAUAUAUGACAUGGAUUGGUCAAGGCCAACUGCAAUUGUAGUUGGGAAUGAAAAUAGGGGAAUAAGUGAUGAGGCACUGGAACUGUCAGAUUUGCAUUGCAGUAUUCCGAUGAAAGGCAUGGUUGAUUCUUUCAAUGUUUCAGUGGCCGCUGGCAUAGUCAUGCACCAAGCUGUUUGUGACUGAACAAUGCGCCUGGGUUGCCAUGGUGAUUUGAGUGAGGACGAAAGCCAAAUCUUACUUGCG